GCGGAGGACACAGAAAAGGAAAAGAAAAAUGACAAGGCAGAGGAUGAGAAAGAGGAAACGGCACACGAGGAAGGACGCAGCCAGAGUUCGAGCAAGUCAUGGUCAACUGCUCCGAAUGCAGCUAAAAGCAAGAAAAUUCCACAACGUCCUCGAAUAAAUAAGGAAUUCCAACACAUUAGAAGAAUAGAGAAGCAGCGGGCUCGUUGCUUCCCGGAGACUACCCUGGCUGAAGAAAUGAAGGGCUUGGCGAAACUGAUUCAGUCUGGGGUCGACGGGAAACCGGCCAUUUACGAGCUCUGGGCAUCCGUCGUGGUGGAAAAUAAGGAAAUGGGAAUAGCGAAAUUUGACAUCGGGCCACGGCUGCGGAAGCAGGAUGAGAGGGUUCUCAUGGUCGUGGGGAAGACCGGUGCAGGAAAGACGACGAUGAUUAACAGUCUGGCGAAUUACGUGUAUGGCGUUCGAUGGGAGGACGACUUCCGGUUCAAGGUCAUCACCGAGAAGGGCGACGUGAAUGCGAAUGACAAGGCCAACAGCCAAACGAAAGGGGUCAUCACCGAGAAGGGCGACGUGAAUGCGAAUGACAAGGCCAACAGCCAAACGAAAGGGGUCUCCGCCUAUUCCUUCAACUGGAAGGAGGGGAUGACGAUCCCGUACACGCUUACUGUCAUCGACACUCCUGGGUUUGGAGACUCCGAGGGCCUGCACAGGGACGAGGAACUUGUUGUCAAGGUCAAUCUCUAG